CACGCACCACAAUCACUUGCACCUCUCCUGCCACUCCCGCGCCAAGCUCUCGCUCAACCACUACAGCACCACCCCCCAUACCUCUAUACCACCGCGAAAACCAUGCCGAAGAUUUUGCUGGUCUUGACCUCUUCCAAGAUGAUGGGCGAGAAGGAAACAGGGUUUUGGCUGGAGGAGGCCGCGGCCCCGCACGCGAUCUUCACCGACGCUGGCUACGAAGUUGACAUCGCUUCUCCCGAGGGCGGCGCCCCUCCCGUCGACGCGGGGUCUAAGGCGGACGCCUACCUGACAGACUACACGCGUCGGUUCGAUGCGGACGCGGCGGCUCAGGCCAAGCUGGCGGCCACGACGAAGCUUUCGGACGUGGACUCUUCCGCCUACGCGGCGGUAUUUUUCGCCGGCGGGCACGGGACGUGCGUGGACUUCCCCAACAACCCAUCAGUGCAGGGGGUGAUGGAGAAGGUGUACGGGGCGGGAGGGGUGAUAUCGGCCGUGUGCCACGGGCCGACAGCGUUCGUUGGGGCCAAAACCGCGGAUGGGGCAGCCCUUGUGUCUGGGAAGAAAAUGACGGGCUUCACGGACACGGAGGAGGCACAGGUGGGACUUACCGACAAGGUUCCUUUCCUGCUGGAGGCCAAGCUGAUUGAGCUUGGCGCGGACUUUAGCAAGGCGGACCCUUGGACCCCCUACGCGGUCGUCGAUGGCCGCGUUGUGACAGGGCAGAAUCCCAUGUCUUCUGAACUGACGGCGCAGAAGGUUGUGGAGGUGCUCAAAGCUUCUGCCUAGAGAACGACUCGUCAGGACCUGAAGCGAACCCUAGGCACGGCGUCGUCACGCUAUGCCAGCUUCUGACGGGCAUGCAUACGUACUUGUCCGAAUAGAUCCUGUGUUCUUGUUAUGACCCUUCAAGUGGUAAUUUCUGUUUCACGAUACCUUUUGAGUGCAGGGUGGCUGUUGGCUCCGGUGGCGUAGAGCUGACACCAUAUUUUCUUUUUUCUUUUUUCGCUAUGUCGUGACAAGGAUCGCCCAUUUAUGGGGUGUAGGUUAACCUUUCGCUAUGGCUCGAUUCCUCCAGGUGGACCGAGGACGAGGGGUAGGUAUGGCACGCAUGCAGGCUCGCCCCCAAGGAUUGAAAGCAUCCUCGAAACCUUGGAUGGUGAAGGCCGUCAGUGGAAAUAUCGUGUGACACUGCUGUAUUGAGAGCGCUUGUUUUUUGAGGCCAAGAAAGUUGACUGUAUUGUACACGUUGGAAAGUUGAACCUUCUUGCAACAAUGUUGAAGGCGUAAGACUGUAUACAGAUUUGUAAAUUUUGGUUCGUUGAGGUUCGCUGGGUUCUUCAAGUAAAAAACUGUGUGAGCUGUUGAGCUUGGGAAACGUAACAACCAACUG